CAGCUUACAGCUUUCCCCCCAAAUUUAUUCUCCUUCAACCCCACAAAAUCUUUGUGUGGUGCAAGCUCGGCGUUUUUCAAGAGUCUUUCUCCCCCCCUUCUCUUCUUUUUUCAUCGUUCAACCCAACCUGAUCAACUUGCCACUUUACAUAUCCUUGAUCAGGAUUAAUGCUAUCUUUUGCAAUUCUCCCAAUGUGUUAUUUUCUUCUACCAUUUUUUGAUGGUUAAGCCUUGAUUUUGGGCGAUCAAUAACCAACUCUUGGGCAAGGCUGUUGUCCAUUUCCUAUUUCCUUGACUUUUUUUCACGCCGCACCUAUAACGGCGCAGUCACCUCCAAAUCCGAAAUUCAUUCCCCCAUCAUCAUUCACGAUUCGCAUUCACACUUCCGCUUUUCGCCCUACCUGCCUAUUUUUGAUAAAUAGGCUUUCGCCGUCCUACUAAAAUUCGUCACAUUCAUUUUUAUUUUGAACAUAUUCGAUUGCGCCGAUUUUGUCUAUCAUCGCUGCGAUUCACAAUACCCACAACGAGAUGCCGCCCCGAACCCGAAGUGCAGCAGCCGCUAAAAGUGUUGCUGCGGCGAAGGAGUUAGGUACUGUCGGCAGCAACUCAACUUCUUCGGCGCCUACUCCCACAACGAUCUCAGACAGCGACUACUCUACGCCGGCCACUAGCAAUGCCGUGACUCCAGCACCGUCUGUCUCGGUAUCCGCCAAGCCCUCGACCUCGAAGAGCGGACCCCGUCCUCGUCUAGUCGUCGAACUUCCUGAUCUCGAUCUCGACGGCACUUCGUCAGGCAGUAAGCCUAAGGGUUUUGGUUCGUCAACUACUAGAGGUGCCAGACGCCACCGGCCUGGCCCUAUUUCUUACGUGGAUGACUCGGAAGCUGAGGAUGAUGACGAGUUCUUCCCUAACGACAACUCUGUUAGUGCGAAAGUUGCGCGCAACCUCCAGCGCAUGGAAGAAGAAGAGGCCAUGGCUUACAUCCCGUCAAACAACCGCAAGGGAAAAUCUGUGGCGGGAACAAAGCGAUCAAAUAUAUCUCUUAUCCCCGACUCUGAGGACGAUGAUGAAGCUUUGCCUUCUUCUUUAGGCUCUCGUAAAAAGCAGAAGAUGAUUGUUGCUGAUAGCGAGGACGAGGUAUCUGAACCUGAUGUUCAUUCUGAAGACCACAUUGAGGACUCCGAUGAGAACUCUGACGCCCAUUUUGACGAAGCUUCUGACGAUGAAUCUACAAGGGAUGAACCUCCUAUAGAUCUUUCUCUCGAUGCGCCCCUGGUCCCUACGCGCGCUAAUCGCGGGACCCGUCGUGCAGGUUCUCGUAAGAGGAGCGACUGGAAGAGAGAGAGACUGGAGAUGCAUCAUCCCGAGCUCCUAACCAUGUGGGCUGAACUUGAAGCAAUGCCUGUUGUUAAUGCCGGCUUAGCUGAUCAACCAAGCAAUAUCAAGCGUCAGUUGAAACCCUUCCAACGUGCGGGGCUUGCUUGGAUGAUGGCGAUGGAGCAGACAAAAUGGAAGGGUGGUCUUCUUGGUGACGAGAUGGGCCUUGGCAAGACUAUCCAAGCCGUAUCCCUAAUCAUGUCUGAUUAUCCUGCAAAAGCGCCUACGCUCGUGCUUGUUCCUCCUGUAGCUUUAAUGCAGUGGACAUCGGAGAUCGAUUCGUACACCAACGGACAAUUGAAAACGGUUGUUUUCCACGGUACAAAUCAAAAGGCAAAGCAGAUGAAGGCCAAAGACCUCAAGAAGUUCGACGUUAUCAUGAUGUCAUACAACACGCUGGAGUCCAUGUACCGAAAGCAGGAAAAGGGCUUUAAGAGGCGCGAGGGUACAUACAAGGAGAAAAGCCCCGUUCAUCAGAUCAAAUUCCAUCGUGUCAUUCUUGACGAGGCUCAUUGCAUUAAGUCACGACAAAGCAUGACAGCCAAAGCAUGCUUUGCUCUUAACGUCGAAUUCCGUUGGUGCUUGACCGGCACACCUCUACAGAAUCGGAUCGGCGAGUUCUUCUCGCUACUACGAUUCCUGCGAAUCAUGCCGUUUGCUGCUUAUCUUUGCUCGAGUUGUAAUUGUUCCAACCUUAACUGGGCUGCGGAUGACGAUAGUCGAUGCAAGCACUGCAAUCACGCUAUGAUGCAUCACGUAUCUGUCUUCAACCAGGAACUCCUCAACCCGAUUAUGCGUAACGGCAAUGUCGGGGAGGGAAAAGUGGCUUUUGACAAACUUCGAUUGCUUACCAGCCGAAUUAUGUUGCGUCGCCUGAAAAAGGACCAUACCAGUUCUAUGGAGCUUCCCGUGAAGGAAAUUUACGUGAACCGACAGUUCUUCAGUGAGGAGGAGAAUGACCUUGCUAACAGCAUCAUGAAUAACAGCCAACGCGAGUUCGACACUUACGUCGCUCAAGGUGUUCUGCUUAACAAUUAUGCCAACAUUUUCGGCUUGAUUAUGCAGAUGCGCCAAGUGGCCGAUCAUCCUGAUCUGAUUUUGAAGAAGACUAGCGAGGGCGGACAGAACGUGCUGGUCUGCUGCAUAUGUGACGAACCUGCCGAGGAAGCGAUUCGAUCCAAGUGCAAACAUGACUUUUGCCGUUCUUGCGCGAAGAGUUAUGUUGACUCUCAGAAAAGCCCUGACUGCCCACAAUGCCACAUUCCCUUGUCAAUUGACCUAGAACAACCUGAGAUUGAGCAAGACGAAGUCCUCGUCAAGAAGUCAUCAAUUAUCAACCGUAUCAAGAUGGAGAACUGGACAUCAUCAUCCAAGAUUGAGUUGCUGGUUCAUGAACUUCACCGAAUGCGAUCGGACAACGCAUCACAAAAGUCCAUCAUCUUCUCGCAGUUCACCACUAUGCUGCAAUUGAUUGAGUGGCGCUUACGACGUGCUGGUAUCACGACAGUCAUGCUUGAUGGAAGCAUGUCACCUCCUCAACGACAGGCUUCUAUUGAUCAUUUCAUGAACAACGUUGGUGUAGAGUGUUUCUUGGUAUCCCUCAAGGCUGGCGGUGUGGCAUUGAACCUCACUGAGGCGUCACGCGUCUUCAUUGUUGACCCGUGGUGGAAUCCUGCAGCUGAGUGGCAAUCGGCUGAUCGAUGCCAUCGUAUUGGUCAGACACGUCCUUGUGUAAUCACACGCCUCUGCAUCGAGGAUUCCGUGGAGAGCCGUAUGGUCUUACUUCAAGAGAAGAAGACCAACAUGAUCAACUCGACCGUGAAUGCGGAUGAGACGUCCACUCAGAAGCUCUCACAGGAAGACUUACAAUUCCUUUUCCGAGGUACUUAAGUUAUCCUAUUCAUUAAUUUGCACUUGUACGAUAGGCGUGGUCGGCGGGCGUUCAAUAUCAACCAAGGCAAAAGGAAAAGGAGUACAGGAGUAAAGGGAGUGAUACGACCCCUAUAUACCCUAGGAUGAUCUUUUUAAUGACGAUUGGAACGACAAACCGAAUGGUAUUCGAUUUCAUUCAAUCUCUGAUUUCUUAGAGGAAAAUAAUGCACGCAUAAUGGAAGGCUUGGUGCUAGGUGUUUUUGCUUUUGCUUUACCACGCAGUUGGACUUUUACGUUCCUCUGCCCCCGAGCUAUGUAGCUAGAUAGUCCUAUUAGUACAAACGGCUAUAAGCCUCUCUGGACUGGAGUUUAUUGAACUGUGACUGGAAUAGAUAAUUUAUUUGUGA